UCUCCGUAUCCCUGCACCAUCACUGCACUUCUGCAGCACAACACACACACACACACGAGAAAUCCACAAGAACACGAUCACCAUCAUCUGUGUUCUCUCUAUGAACAUCUAACACGGACUCCCUGGAUUAAUCAUGCGUUGAUUAACAGCAGCUCUGCUUUAUUUCACCCGUCACUGAACGCCAUUCAUCUGCGACUAUUGAAGAACACACACACACACUCACACACACACAUAUAUAUAAGCGCCUCUGUUGCGUUUCUUGUGCUCCAGGAUGGCUGAUAUCAGCGCAGAAUGCAAUAUCAGGGUGUUGUGUCGCUUCAGACCCCUCAACCAGUCCGAAAUCCUCCGUGGAGACAAAUUCAUGCCCACCUUCCAGGGGGACGACACUGUUAUCAUCGCGGGGAGAUCGUACGUCUUUGACAAAGUCUUCCCCACAAAUUGCACACAAGAGCAGGUGUACAACACUUGUGCCCAACAGAUCGUCAAAGAUGUUCUGGACGGCUACAACGGCACCAUAUUUGCAUACGGACAGACAUCAUCUGGUAAAACAUACACAAUGGAGGGAAAACUGCACGAUGCUAAUGGAAGGGGAAUUAUCCCGAGGAUUGCCGAAGAUAUUUUCAACCACAUUUACACCAUGGAUGAAAACCUGGAGUUCCACAUUAAGGUCUCCUAUUUUGAAAUCUACAUGGAUAAAAUUCGUGACCUACUUGACGUGACUAAGACAAACCUGUCAGUUCACGAAGACAAGAAUCGUGUUCCCUAUGUGAAGGGUUGCACUGAACGUUUUGUCUCCAGUCCUGAAGAAGUGAUGGAUCUUAUUGAUGAAGGAAAAGCCAAUCGGCACGUCGCUGUUACAAAUAUGAACGAGCACAGCUCCAGGAGUCACAGUAUAUUCCUGAUCAACAUUAAGCAGGAGCAUGUGGAGACCGAGCAGAAACUCUGUGGAAAACUCUACCUGGUGGAUCUGGCCGGCAGCGAGAAGGUGAGUAAAACAGGGGCUGAAGGAGCCGUUCUGGAUGAAGCCAAAAACAUCAACAAGAGUCUGUCUGCUCUGGGAAACGUCAUCUCAGCUCUGGCUGAAGGAACCAAGACUCACGUGCCGUACCGUGACAGUAAGAUGACGAGGAUCCUGCAAGACUCUCUGGGUGGAAACUGCAGGACCACCAUGUUCAUCUGCUGCUCACCCUCAGCCUACAACGAUGCUGAGACCAAAUCCACACUGAUGUUUGGACAACGAGCGAAGACCAUCAUGAACUCGGCGUCAGUGAAUCUGGAGCUCACGGCUGAGCAGUGGAAGAGGAAAUACGAGAAGGAGAAGGAGAAGAACAAGGACCUGAAGGAGAGCAUGCAGAGACUGGAGGCCGAGCUCAACCACUGGCGCAACGGUGAAUCAGUGGUUCUGAUCACUCCUGUGUCUCCUGCUGAGUGUGAUGUGACUGAAGACACAGCUGUAGACAAUCAGAGCCACGGCCAAACUGAACUGAUCCCAGAGCAGCACAACAGCAGAUAUGAGGAGGAGAUUCAACAGCUCUACAGACAACUGGAUGACAAGGACGAUGAGAUUAAUCUCCAGUGUCAGCUGGUGGAGAAACUGAAGGAGCAAAUGCUGGAUCAAGAAGAGCUUCUGGCGUGUGCGCGGGCUGACCUUGAGCGUGUGCAGUGUGAUGUGCGGCGGCUGCAGGCUGACAGUGAGAGCUCGAAGCUGGAGGUGCAGGAGGUGCUGCAGGCGCUGGAGGAGCUGGCACUGAGCUACGACCACAAGAGUCUGGAGGCGCAGGACAACAGCAGACACAACCGCAGACUCACUGAGGAGCUCGCACACACCACUUCGGCUCUCCUGUCUCUGGAAUCAGACUUCUCGAGGCUACAGGAAGUGAACGGUCAGCAGAGGAAACGCAUCACUGAGGUGCUGAACACACUGGUGAAGGAUCUGAACGACUUCAGCUUCAUCCUGGGCAACGGAGACCUCAGACUGCCAAGUGAGCUGUCCGGUGUGCUGGAGGAGGAGUACGCAGUGGUGUGUGUGUACAUGAGUAAAGUGAAGUCUGAGCUGAAGACGCUGGUGAAGAGAUGCAGACAACUGGAGAGUCUACAGACCGACUGUCACCGAAAGAUGGAGGAGACCGGCAGAGAACUGUCCUCCUGUCAGCUGCUCAUCUCACAGCACGAAGCGAAGAUCCGCUCUCUGACUGAGUACAUGCAGAACAUGGAACUGAAGAAACGUCAGCUGGAGGAAAACUAUGACUGUCUGAGUGAAGAACUGGCUAAACUACAGAACACCGAGAGCAUUCUGGAUCGUCCGCUGGACACUGAUGAGUCUGUAAAUGUGAAGAGUCAUAAGGCUGUGGAUCAGAAGUCAGAGGUUCAGCGAGAGCCACAGCACAAACAGCUCGGCAGACUGAGAGACGACAUCAACCACAAGCAGAAGAUCAUCGAUGAGCUCACCGAUGAUAACCAGAGGCUGGAUCUUCAGCUGGAGCAGCUGAGUGUUGAGUUCAGCGUCCUGAAGAGUCGGGAACAUGAGAAAAGCCGACAGCUGGAGGAGCUCAGGUAUCUUCAUGAGCGGCAGGAACAGACCCGGCAGGACAUGAAGGGUUUGGAAGAGACCGUCGUGAGUGCCUAUAGAAAGUAUGAUAUCAGUAAUGAUAAUAAUAACGGUGUUUAUGACAGACCUGCACAUUUCUCUUUAAAGGCACGUGAACUCCAGACCCUCCACAAUCUGAGGAAGCUGUUCGUUCAAGACCUCACAGCCCGAGUCAAACGGAGCUCGGAGCUGGAUCCAGACGACAGCAGUGGAUGUUCAACACAGAAACAGAAGAUCUCCUUUCUGGAGAACAACCUGGAUCAGCUGACGAAAGUCCACAAACAGCUGGUCCGUGAUAAUGCAGAUCUGCGCUGUGAGCUGCCCAAACUAGAGAAGCGUCUUCGCUCUACGGCUGAACGGGUUCGUGCCCUCGAGGAGGCGCUGAGAGAAGCUAAAGAAGGAGCCAUGAAGGACCGGCGGCGCUACCAGCAGGAGGUGGAGCGCAUUAAAGACGUGAUGAGGAGCAGAAACCCCUUCAGACGCCCACAAGCCGCUCUCAUCGCCAAGCCCAUUCGUCCAGGUCAUUACCCGGCCUCCUUAUCAGCCAAUCACAUGUUCCUGCGCAGCCGCGAUCAGCCAAUCACAUUCAGCAAUGCGAUGUUCAACAGCAGCAGUGAAAAACAGAAGUUAACCUCAUCCAAGACUGAGUCCAGUUUAACCAGCAGGACACUUUCAGAGCACGAAAGACAAACCCACGAAACUACAAACUGCACACAGAAACUCCACAUUACUAACGGAAACAGCUCUGAUGUGAAUGAUAACAGUGAGUGUCGCUCAUCGACCAUCACUGAUGAACCACAGCAGAAACACCACCAGGAGCAGCCCGUCGCUAGCUAAACACACAGACAGCGAUCUGUGCUCCUGAAUCCUCCUCUGUAUAUUUGCAUGUUGCCUGCAGUUCCAGUGAUGAACCAUCAGAUCAGUCAAUCCGUAAAAACACAACAGAAAUCAGACGGACGCGGCUGGAGAACAGGAUUGACUGCAGAGAGACAGAAGAAGAGUCCUUCUCAGAAAACACAUCAUUGAUCAACUUCUUCAUUUAAACUGCAUCUAUUAUGCCAUAUAAAUCACUUUUAUAAUGGGUUUAAACACAGUUAAUCUGUGCAUAUUUCCAGCCUCUAAUAGUGAACAUGAAUUAAUUAUAUUUGUUAUAAUCAGACUUGAUUGAAACAGUCUGCAGAAACACUUUGAUUGACAUUCUCUAUUUGUAUGUGUCAUCAGAGGGGGGAAAGCCCCGCCCACUAGUGUCCAUCUCUUCCUCAUUAGCAUAAACAGCAGCCCUGAGUGAGAAGCAGCCGUCUGUCCAUUAGCCAUUAGAGUGUUUGAGCUGCUGAAGAUCAUGUCAGCAUAGUUCAGCAUAAUUUCCUCAGAAUUUAUGUUGCAGUUAUUUUGAUUCGAUUCAUUUAAAUCAAUUCAGGUCUGUAAGCUCCUCCCCCUUACAUAAACCAGCUCUGCUCUGAUUGGUCAGCUGUUGCCAAGCCUGUUUUGAUUGGUCUCUCUCUAUCUAUUGUGGACUAUUUCUAGAAGGGAUACAGCUCUGACUGAAAAUUAACAAGAAUUAUUAUUUAUAUUAUUUAUUAAGGGCGAGGCAGUGGCGCAGUAGGUAGUGCUGUCGCCUCACAACAAGAAGGUCGCUGAUUUGAACCUCGACUCAGUUGUCGUUUCUGUGUGGAGUUUGCAUGUUCUCCCUGCCUUCGCGUGGGUUUCCUCCGGGUGCUCCGGAUUCCCCCACAGUC